AUGCCUCGAGACACAGCAAGCACAGCUGGCCCGCACUACGAUGCCGGGCAAGCGUCAAGCUCUUCGGAACCGAGCGCUUCUUGCUCACGUCUUCCGAAAGUGGAGAAAAUCUCAACUUCAGUCGGUUUGUCUUGUUCCUCCCGCAGCUCAGCUGACGAGCGGCCAAGCAGGUCCAGCGGAUCUUCACCAAUCGCAUCACCCGCAGUUUCGACACCAAGAGCCACAUCACCGGAUCACCACGCUUGCCCACAUAUUCGCAACAGGCCACCUUUCGAACGCUCAUCUCGCGAUAGCUUGCAAUCCUCGCCAUCCACCGUGCCUGCUCACAUGGCCGGUCUUGCGCUACAAGUGCAAUCUGCAGUCUCUCGCAACGUCACUGGUCCUCUGGUGCAAGUGCUGACCGAUGCAGAAGAGGCUUCCGCGCUCCAUCAGGCUGAAAGCUCAGAAGCACCUGCAUCCAACUUGAAAGCAUCGCCAAUGCACCGAUUAAGGUCAGCAAGCUCCGAUUAUCAGACCGCACGCAGCUCACCUGACAUGGUGCCAAGAGAUUUGUCAACACGCUCACCAGAACCUGCCAUGCUGAGCAGCAGCUCUACUAGCGAAGAGGCUAUCCAGGCGGCGCUCACUGCCACUUCCACCAGCCACAUUCCCGAAGCUGGAUCGCGAUCACUUACCGCUCCAGCCUUGCAAGAGCAAGACAGUGCAAGCAGCAGCCUUGGCGGUGAUGAUGGCGGUGAUGAUGGCGGUGAUGAUGGCGGUGAUGGCACUGAAACAACAGCUGCUCAAACCGACAUUAGCCGCACUCCCUCCACAUCAACUACAGGCUCUAGCCACGCAGGCAGUCUGGACACCGCCAUCAGCUCUGUUCCAUCAGGCACUGAAUUCGAAAACAACUACAAGUCGCAUGUUGGCGAGCAAUCGGCGGAUACCCUCCGAGUGGAAGUAACUGGCUACGACCCGAGUCUCCCGCCAAGUCAAGCAUCUCCAGGCUCUUUGAACUUGCAGCUCGACAACGGUCUUCUUGACUACUCGGACGCAGCGGAUGCAAGCGUUGCCGAGGCCAAAUACGCUACCGCAAAAGUUCGUCGCUAUGCGGCACUCCUCGAGCUUAUCGACACGGAACGCAACUAUGCCGAUGACCUUGCAACCCUCGUCCUGGUCUUCUUCGAUAACCUUUGCAUGAUGCCCUUCUUCAACGAUCAGCCAGCUCGUCAGGCUUUGGUCAUGAGGAACUCGGAGGACCUGCUGAGAACGCAUCAGAAGCUGUCUGCUAAGCUCGUCGGCAUCCUCAUCGACCUUGGAUUGCGAAAGGCUGGACAGAGCGGACAGGUCGAUGACCAGCAGACCGAGCUCGAGAAGGCGUUGAGCCCGCAGGCUGACGAAGCUGUUGUUCGCGUUGCCAACCUCUUCAACCAGAUGAUGCCUUCACUGCAGAGCUACAAGGCUUUCUGCUCUCGUCACGGCGAAGCCUUGGCCUUGAUUCGUGAAGCCGAGAAGCGACACGCUGAUUGGGAUGCUUUCGAGAGGCACUGCGCUGAUGUUCUCAAGUUGACCAGAUUGGCGCAGAAGGGCAGCUCUCGACCGGCCUCGGGUGCCAAUACCCCUAGCGUGUGGGGCAACAGCCCUGCUUCCUACUUUACACCCGUAAUGCCUUCAAGUCCUCCCACUAUCGCUUCGACUUCCACCUCGACCCUGACUGCAGGCACCAACUCGAACCCUGCCAGCGCUUCAACCACACCUUACCUCGGUCCCAGCACGAUGCGACAGAACUCGUCUCGCCUCCUCUUCCGCGACUUUCUCAUCAAGCCUAUCCAGCGACUCUGCUUAUACCCUCUUGUUCUGCAGACACUGCAGAAACACAGCUCAGCCACUGGUGACUCGGUCGAAGAACUCGCACUGGCCAUCUCGCUCAUGCGUGAGGUCGCCGAUCAGGUCGACGAGGCAGGCAAGCGACGCGAGUCGGAGCUUCGUGCCGAUCUCAUCUCUUCCCGUAUCGAGCCGCAGCAAGGCAUGACUAUGGGCUUCCUCAAGUCGCUUGGAGAUUGCCAGCUGUCUGGCACACUGGAUGUUUUGCACCACCACCGUGUGCUUAACCCUCUCGUGGCUCCAUUGCGCUUCAAAUACUUUGGUCUGCUCAUCUACCACAGCUUCUUGCUCAUGGUCAAGGUGCGCAAGAACUCGACCUAUGAGUGUCGACACUGGUUCCCGCUCUGGGCUGCCCGUCUAUCGAAUGUGGAGGAAGAGAGGAACCUCAUUCCUCACUCUUUCCGUCUUUCCGUCAAGGAUCACCACUUUGAGCUUGCUGCUAGCAACGCCAAGGAGAGGCAGCUCUGGAUUGAUAUGCUCUCGCUCGCCAUCUCGAGGGCAACUUUCUUGCCUCCUGGUUCGGAGGCUGCUUUCCCUUGCAGUCUGCUCUUUGGCGAUGCCCUGGAUGGUGAGUCUCUCGAGGCGUCCGAGGCACCGACUCCUAACGCGAGCCGACCUUCAGAAUUCCAAGGCUACUUUGACGCUGCCAAGUCUGGCACUGUUGACCCAUUGAUGCAGUUUCUUGCCAUGCAUGCGGCUGGUGCAGCUCAGGCAACCAGCUCAAACCAGAAGAGUCAGCGCUCGUCUUCGGGUCCCUGGAUGCCGACAGAGAUCUUGCUGCGACAUGCCUCGUCCAACUCAAGAGCGAUUGUGGAUCGCGGUAUGAUUCUCUCGGACUCGGUCAUAUCUGCUCGUAUCGCACGCGAUGGAGGUGCUCUCUCGACCUUGUACGCGGCCUCCGGAUCCGGUAUCGGAUCCGCUGUUGGCUCGUCGCUUGGUCUCAGCCGUCUUUCAGCUAAGGAGACCUCAACUGUCAAGAUUCAGCGUCGCAAGAGCUGCGCAGGAUUGCUCGAGAACGCUGAUGCGAACGAGGAUCCCAACAACUUGGUCUUCACCGCAACAUUCGUGCAACCGAGCUCGCGAUCGCGUUCGUCCACGAGGGUGCAACUUGACGACCGCGAGGGCUGGAAGUCGUCUCUCCUCAAGAAAGCCAACAGGGUGCGACCAGCCAGCAUCUUUGCGCCCCAGGGACUCAAUGUCAACACCGAGCUCGGCAGCCCUAUCUGGGGUCCAGGGUCUGCUUCGACGCCUACUUCGCCCGUCACCGCCAGCCGCGAUCUCCCUAUGCACGAGUUUGGAAGCUUGAGCGUCGCGCCUCUCAGCCCGACCACGCGACCCAUUUCGUUGGGACAGGAGGCAGGAUCAUACUCGAACACAUCUUCUCCGAUGUCUGGGUACAACUCGGCCGCUACCUCGACUUCGAACUUGCGGACUCAAAUGUCUUCUGGACCCACACGAUCGCGCACAAGCCUGUAUGGUAUGAAGGACUCGUUGACCAUGACGUUUGGCAGGAGGACGCGAACGAGGUCGGCUCAAGCUGGUCUGGGUGACAGUGACCCGGUGUCUGAGUUUGGGACCGGUUCGGCUUUGUCCUCUGCGGCGCCAUCGCCUCAUGCUAGCAACGUGAACCUGCCGCAUGGUGGAGUUCUGGACAGCAACGCAAGCCGACCUGCGGUGGAGGAGCUGUACCCACAACAACAGAAGGGUCUACCUGGCAGUCGAUCUCGCACCAACUCGAUCUCUUCGGUGACUGACUCGCUUCGUCGGGUGUUUACGAACAAUUCGUUGGCUUCCCUCAGCCACAAGCGGGCGCAGAGCGAUGCAGCUAAGGCGCUUGGUGGAUCGGUGCAAAGGGACAGGCAGUUAGCGACGAGCGCUGGGCUUGCGACGCCGCUCACUGAGGCUGCGUCCGCCGUCUGUGGCGGCGGUACAGAGUCGCCACGCAAGACCGGCUUCGGUACAUUGCGCAGGUCGAGAACGAUGCUGAACUAUCCACGAAACUGGCUUCGUGCUUCGGUGGCUUCGAAUGGAGUCGAGCGCGUCAAUGCCGAAGCUGUGGCUUCUACUCAAAGCUUCCAGAUUCAGAGACAGUCGUCGUUCGUCAGCGACACCAGCACUUCUCCUGGCACGGAGUUCGAAACGCACAAGGAAGCACACAAGCCUUUACGCACCAGCAGCGAACCUGUUACCCGUCAGAUUCCCAAGCUUUCGGAAGGCUUCAGAAGAGCCUCGGAUACUCAUCUCACCACUAUUGCUGAACAGCAGCGCGAUGGUGCAAGUGACAUGGCAGGGAUCAGGCGCACAUCGAAGGGUUUCAACCCGCUCAAGUUCUUGCAGAACAACCGACUCUCUCCGCUUCCUUCGAAGGGAGUUUAA